AAAACCAUAGAGCAUUAUAUGUUCACUGUGCAACAUCUCUGGAUUGUCUUUUUCUCGUUUCUUGGAUUCAUUCGCGGUAACGGCGGCGCCUGUCUGCGGUUUUUCGUACUUGUGUACCUCUUUAAUUUCGCGCUUUGUAAAGUUCUGAUAAUAUCUUGUAUAAAAUUUAGUAUUUUCCAAAAUGGCAGCUACGAGAAGGUUGCAAAAGGAGUUGGGUGACCUGCGAGCAUCUGCUAUGAAGAAUUUCACAAAUAUACAAGUGGAUGAAUCGAAUAUUUUGACUUGGCAAGGUUUAUUAUUACCGGAUAAUCCACCAUACAAUAAAGGCGCUUUUAGAAUUGAAAUAAAUUUUCCUGCAGAAUAUCCGUUUAAACCACCAAGAAUAAAUUUUAAAACCAAAAUAUAUCAUCCUAAUGUUGAUGAAAAGGGACAAGUGUGCUUACCUAUUAUCAAUGCAGAAAACUGGAAACCAGCCACAAAAACAGCUCAAGUUAUACAGGCUUUAAUCGCAUUAGUCAAUGAUCCAGAACCAGAGCAUCCAUUAAGAGCUGAUGUAGCUGAAGAGUUCCAAAGGGACCGAAGGAGGUUCUUAAAAAAUGCUGAAGAAUACACAAAGAAGUAUGCUGAGAAAAGGCGAGAAACGACUUCGGCCGAUUAACCGCGUUUAGUUUUAUUUGCACCAAGAUGCCUGCUACCUACCUUUCUUCAGAUUUGUAAACAAUGAGCUUCUUUAUUAGAAGUGGAACCAGGCUGAGAACACUUUGUACAGUAUCAUUUGACUUUGAUGACGAAGAUGAAUACAUACAAAUUGUACUAUUUAUAAGAAGAAAGCAAACUUCUAGGGUUUAACCUACGUUGUAAUAAACCAUUGUGUAUCAUAAGCUGGGGUAUAUGUUGACUCCAUUAGGAAAAAAGUACAUUUUUUUUAUGUAAAAAUGUACUAUAAUUAUCUUUUAUUGACCUAUUUAUGUGCUUGAAUUUUAAUAUUUAUACUGUCAAAAUGUUAAGUUAACAGCAAAUGAAAAUUUAAAUAAUUAUUCGUAGCUGUCAAUUUAAAAUGAAAAACGAAAAUUUUAAAUUGUUUGCAUUCAAUUUAGCACGAUAACCCAGCUUACAGCUUUCUUUUUGUGUGAAAUGAACUGCUAGAAGAAUUGAUGUUGAUAAGUUUAAAAUAAGUUUGAUUUAGGUAUGAAAAUAUAAUAUUAUUGUACUUU